AUGGAAAAGAAGGAAAAGCUAAGGCAAGCAGACGAAAAGACGAGGAGAACGAGAUGGAUAGCUGACGACCAAUCAUCAGCUACGGUAAUCCUGCUGCUGGUGCAAUCGUCGCCGUCGCCGUCGCCAAUACUGCUGCUGCCGUUUGCUGAGGUGAUGCUGCCACAGGAAAUCAAAUUGGCCACGGGGCAUAAUAAGUGGAAAGCGAUGAGGAUGGAGGAGAGAAGGGGCUGCGAAGAGCAAGGACAAAAUGCUGAAUUUGGUGACCGAAUGUAA